AUGUACAAUUUCACGCCGGCGGCGAAAGACGGUGCAAGUUCGCUGGCGUGGUACACCGAUAUCCUUCAAAAGCUGCAGGGCCGAGGGGAAUGGACGAAUGUGCAGGAGAUCUCUUUGCUGGAGCCGUACCGCUAUUUGGAUACACAACCCGGCAAGGAAAUUCGCGCGCGUCUUAUCGACGCCUUCCAAGUAUGGCUCGGCGUCCCCCCUGAAGAACUCGAGCUUAUCACGGACGUGAUACGGCGGCUGCACACUGCGAGUCUGCUGGUCGACGAUAUAGAGGAUAGUUCGGAUUUACGGCGUGGCGUACCGACCGCACACACCAUUUAUGGCGUGCCGCAAACGAUCAAUGCAGCCAACUAUGUCUACUUUCAAGUGUUUGCGCGCUUGGCAUCGACACACCCUGACACGCUCGCGAUGGUGACCAAUGAGCUGGUUUGCCUGCACAGGGGCCAGGGACUGGAUUUGUUCUGGCGCGACAGUCUCUUGUGCCCUGCAGAGCACGAGUAUGUCGACAUGGUGAUCAACAAGACCGGUGGCCUCUUCCGCAUCGCGAUCAAACUCAUGCAGGCGCUUAGUCCCUUGUCGGAAAAGGUUGAUUAUGUGCCGCUGGCCAAUUUGAUCGGUCUCCUCUUCCAGAUACGCGACGACUAUAUGAAUUUACAAAGCACGGUGCUUUUGGAGAACAAGGGGUUCUGCGAAGACUUGACCGAGGGCAAGUUUUCCUUCCCCGUGAUCCAUGCCAUCAGUUCAGGGACACAGAGCGAGCGGAUAUUGCUGCAUAUUUUAAAGCAGCGCACUACUAGCGUGGAAAAGAAGGAGUACGCCGUGCGGCACAUCGAGGCAUGCGGAAGCUUUGCAUACACUCGCCAGGUCCUCGCCGUGCUCGACACACAAGCGCGCGAGGAAGUGCGGCGCAUCGAGUCGGAGCUUGGCACACCGAACCCUGCACUCUUGCACAUCCUCGAUGCACUGCACAUCAAGGACUAG